AAUUAACUAAUCAAACCUCCCAGAUUGCUUUAGUUGGGAAAAACCCUAGAAAAGGAAGAGAGAGCUCUUGAGCUCGUCGAUCUCCCCGCGGCCGUUGAAGUUAGGGUUCCGGCGAUGGAAGACGAGGACAUCGAGAAGACGGUUCUCGCUUACCUGAAGAAGAAGGGUUUCAAACAGACCGAGCUCGCUCUUCAGGAAGAACAGAACCGGAUCUCUUCUUCUUCAUUGGCGGAUCCAUCGAGAUCAAAGAAUGGUGCUGCCAGAUAUCAUGAUGGUUACAACAAGCUAAGGUCAUGGGCAUAUGGUUCGUUGGAUUUGUAUAAGCAUGAACUGCUUCGUGUGCUUUAUCCAGUUUUUAUACACUGUUUCAUGGAUCUUGUGGCAGAAGGGCACAUGCAGGAAGCUCGGACUUUUUUCAACACAUUCCGCGAAGACCAUGAACUAAUGCAUCUGAGAGAUCUCCAGAAAUUGGAAGGCAUCCUUUCUCCCUCACAUCUGGAGGAAAUGGAAUUAGCUCGUACUUUGAGGCAGAGCAAAGUUAACAUAAAGUUAUGUGAGUACUCGUACAAUCUUCUUCUGCAAUAUCUUCAAAAGACUCAGGCGCUUACGAUGCUUGGAAUAAUCAAUGAGCAUAUCAAUUUUGAAGUUUCCUCUGGGCAGCCUAUAUCCAUAACUGAUGAUGCAGAUGUUGUAGCUUUAGUUGGAAGUAGCCAGGAUAUAGCUAAGCAAAUAAACCAGAAGGAAGUACGGUGGGGGUUGCUUGAAGAUUCUGUUGAAGAACGUCUGGAGAGAGCAUUCUCAGAUUCUGAAAAGGCUGAGGGGGAAAACAAAGAUGUAGAUCCAGAAGAUAACAAGAAGAGAUCUGCAGAUGGAGGGAAACAAAGUGCUCCUCCAAAAAAGUUGAAGAAGGACAAGCUUGUUGGCGCUAUGGGUAAAAAUGUCCGCUCAGAGACAACUACAAUAUCGACGGCACCACGAGUGAAACCAGAACUUACUUUGCCCGUAAUAUCCAGUGAAGUAGAGCAAUCUAUUCUUGAGGACCUGAGGAAUCGCGUACAAUUGAGUAGCUUGGCAUUGCCAUCUGUCAGCUUCUAUACCUUCAUUAACACACAUAACGGAUUAAAUUGUUCGUCUAUAUCUCAUGAUGGGUCACUGGUUGCUGGUGGAUUUUCUGACUCAUCCCUAAAGGUCUGGGAUAUGUCCAAGAUUGGCCAGACAACUAAAACAUCUAAUUUGCAGGGAGAAAAUGAAUCUGCUCCAAGUGAACAUGUGCUUGGAUCAGAUGAGGGGAGAGGAUCUUACACAUUGUUCCGAGGCCAUGCUGGACCUAUUUACUCCGCUACGUUUAGUCCUUUUGGAGAUUUUCUUUUGUCAUCAUCCUCUGACUCAACAAUUCGAUUAUGGAGCACCAAGCUGAAUGCAAAUCUAGUCAGCUACAAAGGUCACAAUUAUCCAGUGUGGGAUGUCCAAUUUAGUCCUAUGGGACAAUAUUUUGCUACUGCUUCACAUGAUCGUACUGCUAGGCUGUGGUCAGUAGAAAGGAUCCAACCACUGCGGAUAAUGGCUGGUCAUCUAUCUGAUGUUGAUUGCGUACAAUGGCAUGUAAACUGCAACUACAUUGCUACGGGAUCCAGCGAUAAAACAGUCAGAUUAUGGGACGUGCAAAGUGGGGAAUGUGUUCGCAUUUUCAUUGGUCACAGAAGUAUGGUGCUCUCAUUGGCAAUGUCUCCUGAUGGGCGGUACAUGGCUUCUGGCGAUGAAGAUGGAACCAUCAUGAUGUGGGAUCUAUCCAGUGGGCGGUGUAUUUCGCCAUUAACAGGACAUAAUUCUUGUGUGUGGACACUUGCUUUCAGCUGUGAAGGGACAAUGCUUGCAUCUGGGUCUGCUGACUGCACUGUAAAACUAUGGGAUGUCACUUCCAGCACCAAGCCAACAAAGGCUGAUGAGAACAAAGGAAGCAGUGCUAACAGGCUCAGGCUAUUGAAAGCUCUUCCAACCAAAUCAACUCCAGUUUAUAACUUAAGGUUUUCUCGUAGAAAUCUUUUAUUUGCGGCUGGUGCGCUUUCAAAAAGCUAGAGAUGAGCUAUAAAAGAGAUAAUGGAUCACAGGAAGUCAGCUGAUGCAUCUGCAUCCUCCAUGUGAUCUUCUUCCAUUGGAGUCAGGAUCCCACAUGAGUUAUCUUUGUCCUUUAUUGUUUAUUAUCUAUUUGUUGUUGACAUCCUAUUCGUUCACUUUUGCCUGGUUACAGCGUAGUGGGUGCUUUUCAAUUGUCAAAGGAUAUGUCUUCUCGAAGUCAUUGGCAAUUUGGCUAAAUGUUCAAUGUCCCUAGCUAGCUUUGUCGGUAACCAAGUUUGUAAUAUUCACUCUUGUAUGCGCGAUACAUGUAAGAGAUAAUUAUGGGUGUCUGCCGAAAAAAAGUCUUGUCUGUAACUCUCUCUCAGUGUGCUCCUUUCAUAAUUUUGAUGUUUCAGCGUUGUAUGCCGAGAAACUCUUCUUAGUUUUCCCA